AGCAACUUAAAAACGUCUUAUGCUUGAGUGAAAAAAUAAAACCCUAGUAGCAGCAGCUCCUCCCCCUCAACGCUUAGAUCUACAUUGUCCAACCAAGUUUUUCCGUUUGUCCGCCAGUUUUUGUUUGGUUGCUGAGAAGUGGAUAUUACACCAAGUUUUCGUUCAUCAUCCCUCCAUUGAUUUUAGUUUCUCUGAUUUCUUUUGGGAGAUGAUUUCACUCUCUCUCUGUGAUUUCCGUUGAUUUCUAUUUAUUUGAGUUCUUACAGUCUGGGUAUUACAACAAGUUUGUGUGGCUGUCGACUCCCAGGUUUUGUUGAAUGUGUGAGGAAGUUUCACUUCGGUGGACAAAUGCUGAAGAACAGAGAUUUAAGAAUAUUGUAUGCUGAAAAACAGAGAUUUUGGGUAUUGCUCCAAAGAAUGUUGAUAGAUGAUGAAUCAGAAUUCUUACGUUCUGGGUAUUACUCCAAAGAAUGUUGAUAUGGUACAUUUUCUAUGCCUAGUUAUAUUCCAAAUCUACUUGCAUGGCUGGUAAAAACCCAAUAGUAUCAUUGUUAACUUCAGUGCUUCUCGUGGAUAUUUCUUGUUGAAGGAGAUCGAUCAGAUAUAGAUCUCUUCUUUUCGUAGUCCUCUGCAUCACUCUUCCCCUCAUCUUCACCAUUACAUGUUCUUACGGAUUGACCCGACUUGUGUCAGAUCGAAUUGGUUUACACUAGCAUUGGGUCGGGUCGGGCCCAUAUAUUGAGCGGGCUGCUUAGGUUGCAGCCUUUAUAUGUAAUCAUAAGCAUUUUAUGGACGAUCGGUUGUCGCUUAUGCUGAACAACCAAUUUUAGUACGUACUGCUUUGAUGUCAAUUAAACCCAUCCCUAUUAUUAUUUAUUUAUGGAUCUCUAACCCAUUUUAGACAACUUGGCUGUUGUUUAAAACGUAUUUAAUUUAAAAAAGCAGAAAGUAGAAAGUUUCAAACUCCAACGCCUGGGAACUUCCCAAAAAAAAAAAAAACACUUGGGAAGUCGUUUAGAGAGAGAGAGAGGGAGAGGGAGAGGGGUCUAAGGAUUCGGGAUGUUAAAAUAUUGGGCUGCGCGCCGUGUCCCUCCCAUCUGCGCUUAAUUUCACUUCCUUCCAAAUUUUUGUUCUUUGGAUCUCCACAAUGUUUGCAGAUUAGCCCGUGUAACAGAACUUAGUGGAUCUUUUACACGGCAUGAAGCUCUCCUGCACAAGUUGCUUCUCUUCAUCAUCAGGAACGGACGUGAGCAGGCGCGAAGAACAAGAUCAAGGUAAUUUCCGGGUGUUCUCUUAUAACGAACUAAGAUCUGCCACUACCGACUUCCAUCCCUCGAACAAGAUUGGAGAAGGCGGCUUUGGGUCUGUCUACAAGGGCCGGCUGCGAGAUGACUCAUUCGUGGCUGUAAAAGUGCUCUCAAUCGAACUCGACUCGAUGCGAGGUGAGCGAGAGUUUAUAGCUGAAAUAGCAUCACUUUCCGACAUCAAACAUGAAAAUCUCGUUACCCUUCGAGGAUGUUGUGUUGAUGGAGCUAAUAGAUAUGUUGUCUACGACUACAUGGAAAACAACAGCCUUGCCCACAUCUUACAUGGUGGAGAGCAGAAGAGGCUGAGCUUUAGUUGGGAAGCAAGGAGGGAUAUUUCGCUAGGAGUGGCUCGAGCACUAUCCUUUCUACUUGAGGAGUCUGAACCCCACAUUAUCCACAGAGAUAUUAAGCCCAGCAAUAUACUUCUUGACAAGAAAUUCACACCAAAAGUCUCCGAUUUUGGUUUAUCAAAGCUACUCAGAGAUAACCGUACCCAUGUUAGUACUCGUGUUGCAGGGACAUUAGGGUAUCUUGCUCCAGAAUAUGCCAUCAGCGGACAUUUGACACGAAAAUCAGAUGUUUACAGCUUCGGAGUGCUGCUCUUAGAGAUCGUCAGCGGGCGGCCUGCCGUGGAUUUCCGCGUUGACUAUAAGGAUCAGCUGCUAGUUCAGAAGGCAUGGGAAGCCUACAAGGCUACAGAACUUAUAAACUUGGUGGAUCCGAAACUCGAAAGGAACUUUCCGGAGGCAGAAGCCGUCAAAUUCUUAAAGGUGGGACUGCUGUGUGCGCAAGAAAACUUGAGGCUCCGGCCACUGAUGUCGGAGGUAGUCAAGAUGUUGACAAGUGAGACGGAUCUCCUAGAUGUUCAGAUUUCAGAACCUGGGAAAGUUUCAGAUUUCUCGAAUAUUAGAACGCGGCAAACGCCAUUGUCGGAGGUGUCAAGUUCCUCUUCUGGGAUAUCCAAUAUGUGGAGUACUUCGGUAAAUCUUGGCAGAUGAAAGCAAAUGUUCUAAUGGGGGGCAGGAGAUCACAGUUGAGCAUUCCGAUCGAUAGGAACAAAGAAAAUAUUAAUGGGUAUGUUCGUUAGGGUACGAUCAGAUUAUUUGUUCAAACUCCAAUUAAGAUUAAGCUCACAGUAAGCAUCAUCAGGCCACCUAUGAACAUGCUUUUUUGACGGCCAUCACACUGGUUCUUGCUUGCGUGUGCGUGUGUUAUUUAAUUUGUUCAUGGAAGGCCAGUCCUCGAA